AUGGCGGCGCAGGGUUGUCACAGCGCGACGCUAGGAAGCACAGAGAUGGAUACAGACAUAGCAUGGAUAGCAGAAGUCUGCGAUCACUUCGCAGAGGACAUGAGGAGGGCGGGGAAACGUGCCGAUGGGAGGACCGACGAGGAAGGCGCUAUGGGCAGCACCAAGGGUGACAGCAUCAGCGCGGGUUAUGUCGACGUCGAAACAAACAUGUAUCCAUUUGCAAGGCGCGCUGAGCCGUCUCAAAUCAGCGACACAUGGUGCCUUGGCAUCGAGCGCCAUCAAGUCCACUGGGCAUGCGAGCUCACCUCUGACAGCCGCCUUUUCCUCGGGUGGCUUGGACACUCAACCGCCGUCCACACGAGCGAUGUCCUCUUCGCCACAUCCUGGAACCUCUUUCACGCCCGCUGCCCUUUCAUCGACGGCUGUUCUAGAGGAGCAACAGUGGGUCAUCUCAAGGCAACGACGAGCGCGAAACCCACCCAGGAGCGCAAGACCAAGAAGACACAUACUGAGCCCACCGAGGUGCCACACGUCACCUGCCCAGGCUGUGCAGGCAGCUUCCGUGAAGAUACAUUCGGACGCCACUGGAGGGAUCAUUGUGGACAGAGCCCGGAAAGAGAGCCCCGUCAGCCAUUAGCCUGCGACGUCUGCUGGAGGGAGUGGAAGCCUGGAGACGACCCACUCAGGGACUUUUCGACCGACCAUUCAUUGAGGCGGCAUGUUGUGGGCCAGCAUACAGAGGAAGACUGGUACGUAAUGCAGCGCAAGAGACAAGGAGACUCGCCGUUUGCACAUCAUGAAUUCAUCCGUGGUGCCGUCUCCCCUAUCCAUGGUCUCCAAGAAGUCAAGAUGUAG